CUCUGGGUAAAGCAAUUGUGGGAAAUCUGAGUUUUGGAGCAAACGCGAUGCAGAGAUGGUGCGCCAAACUUGGCUCUCUGGCCACUUCUUCAUGGCAAAACCAACCAUUUAUGGCACCUCAAUGGCGUCGUCUCCUCCAUCAUUCUCCUCAAUUUCAUCGAUCUCUCCCAUCUGCUUCAAUCACCACUUCCCACUUUGUGCCCCUUUUCAGUGCCGCAGCUUCUUCUUCAAUGGCAGCUCACUUCUUUCGCUCUUCUCUUCUCCCUCUCUAUGUGGUUCCAGUCCGUCAUUUUUCUUCCAAAGACAAAAACAAGAGAAGGCCAAUUACACCAGUGACUUCCAAGAUCAAGAAGAUCAAAAUGAAAUCUUAUUCGUCCUUUAAAAUGAGGUUCCGGGUGAUGAAUGAUGGGAAUAUCCGGCGUUGGAGAGAGGGAAAACGCCACAAUGCACAUUUAAAGUCCAAGAAAGCAAAGCGCAGACUUAGACAGCCUGCUCUUGUUCCUGCAGCUUAUGCCAAGGUGAUGAAGAAGCUCAACUUCUGUGCUUAAAACAUCGGGAGUUCUCUCCAAGUGCUGUCAAUUCCUGAUGUUCGGGCCAGCUUACACGCACCUCGACUAAUCCCACAGGGCCUUGAAGUUAAUAAUCGGGUAAACCUCCAGGGGACUUCAUCCUUUAACAAAGCCCAUAAAUGCUGCUGUCAACUCUCUCUCUCUCUCUCAUUUUAUGUUUUCUCUAACAAAACCCAUAAAUGUUGCUAGUUGACAAGCUUCUCUCUCUCUUUUCUAACAAAGCCCAUAAAUGUUGGUUGACAAGCUUCUCUUUAAGUUUAAUAUGUGGGAGAUGUGUUUAUGACAUAUGAACAUGGUGACUUGUAAAAUAUUCAUUUUAUGUUUUCUCUAACAAAGCCCAUAAAUGUUGCUGGUUAACAAGCUGUCA